UUUCUGGAAAAGGAGCUGUAAGUGGAACUUAUUCUGUGCAACAUCUCUGGUGUUUUCUCAUUGAAAGAGAAAUUAACUUGAGGGACUUGCAGUGAAUAAACUAAUUUGUUGUAAAGUACAAUUUUGAUGGGGGAAAAAAAGGAACUAAUACUGGAAUUUCUGCUUUGUAAUUCAGUUUUGCACAUCCCGAUGCCAGCUGUAACCACAACUAAGAUAAGCGAACUGGUGAAACUCCGCUGGUUGCAAACGCACAGGCCAGGGCUGCUCUACUCGCUGCAGAGAGCUGGUUUUUAUACAUAACCCCUGUUUUUUAUAUAUAACCCCCAAAGAAACGCUGUCUCAGGCACAGAGCGGCAGGAAGCGCAGACCCUGACAGCUCCUCUCCCCGAUGCUGGACAGCGGGCUCGAGUCAAAGGGAUUGCAGGGGCGAGUGAGCCCAGGAGCUGCGGAGCGGAGCAGAGCAGAGUACUUCCCUCAGGCACCUUCCCUCAGGCACCUUCCUUCCCCCAGGCACCUUUCUUCUCUCAGGCACCUUCCUUCUCCCAGGCACCUUCCUUCCCUCAGGCCCUUCCCCAGGCUGUCCCGUGCCCGUGUCCCGGAGGAGAUGUGCAUCCUGUUCCCCUCACGCCUCCCCUCACGCGGAGGCGCAGCUCAGGGCAGGGCUGGCGGCCCGCGCCGCAGCUCCCGGCUCCCCGCGUCGUGCUCCCGAGUGCCUCUAAUCGGCUUGCCGCGAUUUCUGCCCUUCCUAAAGCGGCGGGCGGCACGGCCCGGGGGAGGCGGGGGGAGGCGGUGGGCGGCUCUCGGCUCCGGGCUCAUAAAGCCCGUAAAGCGCGGCGGGAGCGCGGCGCGGCCGCGGCCAUGCAGUGAGAGCCCGCCGUGGGAUCAGCGCCGCGAGGGACAGACCGCCCCGGCUCAAGAUGCAGAGGUGCACCGGAUUCCUGCUUCUGUCUUUAAUCCUUUGUGCCACCCUCUCGGAAACGCUCGGGCUGGUUUUCUCUGCAAAAGACAAAAGGGGUUGGACUUUGAAUAGUGCUGGUUAUCUACUUGGGCCACAUGCAGUAGAUAACCACAGAUCUUUUAAUGACAAGCAUGGUUUCACUGGUAAACGCGAAAUACCGCCCGACGAGGAUAUUAAAGCAGGGAGCCUUGGAAGACCCCUGGCUGAUGAAAACAUUGUGCGCACAGUAAUUGAAUUUUUGACCUACUUGCAUCUGAAAGAGGUGGGAGCACUUGACAAGCUACCUAAACCAGAGGAAAUGAACCAGUCUUGAAGAAUGCAUUUUUAUUUUGUUGCAGUGUAGAUUUAGACUGAAUUCUAAACAAAAGACCAAAAUGACCUGAAGUUAAGAAGUAUGGUUUGCAUUUAUUUGAUAAAUGGUAAACAAUGUUCUGCCCUCUGGUUGGUUUGUUGGAUUAUUUUUUGCUUUUUUUUUCCCCCUUCCCUCCCUCUCCUGCAAUGUCAUUGUGUAUAAUUUUGCUUUGGUCAAUUUUUUUCUGUAGGUAAAUGAUAAAAUAAAAAUAAAGAGCAACAAAGUUGUUUCAUUUUAAAAUUA